CUUGAGGGACUGGCUAAACAUGGAUUAGGAAAACCGGUGCAUGAGUCAGCAGAGGCCGGACGCACCAACUCAAAGAUUGGGUUAAACUGGAGUUUAUCUGAAUUGAACAACUUUGUUUGCCAAAGCUACCCUCGCAUCAGUUUAAAUUUGGUAGGCUUUGAAUUGGCAAGGACAGGUAAAGGACGCAAGAUCCAGAAAUUACAAGUUAGUUCUGUGAAGGAACUAAAAGCAGUUGUUGGCAAAAGCAGACUUUACAUUGUGCCACGAGCCACUGUCUUGCAGGUAUGGAAUUAUACACAACAUGGAUUUAUAUCAUGUAAAUGUUCUCUGUAAUGUCUAUGCCAUAACUGAAGUUACCCUCAGGUAACAUCACCACCCUCUGCCAUGUCCCAGAAUUCAUUACCACCACUCGCAGCUCCAGCAGUAGAGACCUCACAAGUGGUUUCAGAUCAGGUGGCAUCCACAUCCUCUGCCAUAUACAUUAAUUCAUACCCACCGCUCUCAAUUGCUCUAGUACAAGAUGAGACUGUGCCUAUGGCUGAGAGGACCCAAGCUCAAAGUGUGGUUUCAAAUCAGGCUCUUCAAGAAUGGCGAGCAAUACGUGCCCAGCAAGACCAGGAGUAUGAUAAAAGCUUUUUAGUGGAUCAGGAGAAGGAGAGGAAGAAACUAGCCUAUCAGGCCUGUGAGGAAAGACGUCGAAAGGCUAUUGAGGCAAGACGUCAGCGAAUGUCUGCAUGUGAGGAACCCUCAAAUUUAAAUAUCCAAAUGGACACAUCAAUAUGAGGAAAUUCAGCUUGUCGGAGCCAAUCCAGAUCUUGUUUGACUUUGUGGGACAAGAUGAGAUUGCCAGUGAAAUCUUUGUGGUGCAAGAAGCCGCAUCAUCAAGAUCAGUUAAGAGCAGUUCCUCUGGGUCAAUAAUGGACCAUGGCAUAAAAGCAUCCUCAACUCUAUAUGUGCUUUGGUUUUCAAAUCAGGAUGUACAGGAAAUUCUCUCAGAUCAACAAAAUGAUGGAGCUUAUGCCUUACUCCAUACAUCUCAUUGUCAGUCAUCACCGUCUGAGCCCUCCAGCCAGCCAAGUCUCUCUGAGCCCUCCAGCCAGCCAAGUCUCUCUGAGCCCUCCAGCCAGCCAAGUCUCUCUGAGCCCUCCAGCCACUCACUGCUGUCUGAGUCCUCCACCCAGCCACCGCUCACUCUGUUCUCACAACCACAAGAAAUCCUGGUUCUUAAUGAUGAACCAUCACUGCCUCGAUCUGCCCAGGAACCAAUCAUUAUUCUUGAUGAGCAAGAUGAGACAGUUUCACAAAAUCAGUCUCCUGUAUCAACACAUCACCUCGGAGGACCUGUGGAUGAGAUUGAUCUACAGACCAUAUUGAAGAAAAUGGUCAGCAGAGUUGAUGUAAGCUUCUGUCCAACAAGCAACCAAAUAAAUGUGUGCAGGGAUAAUGUUUUACUGUGUAGUCUGCGGGCGUUCAAGCGUAGGUUCUUCAACCCUGAAGCAAAAUUGGAUGUUGUGUUUGUGGAUGAAGAUGACAAUGGUGAAGGGGCAAUUGACGAAGGCGGACCGACAAGAGAGUACCUAAGGCUGUUGAUGAGGGCUGUCCACCAGUCAAAUAUCUUUGAGGGACAUGAGAAAGACCGGCAGUUGUCUCUUGAUACUCAAGCUUUGCAGACACAACUUUACACGUGGGUGGCAAAAAUGAUUGCUGUGUGUGUGGUCCAUGGAGGAGUCGGUCCACACUUCUUUUCUGAAAGGCUUUUCCAUCAAAUCUGUGGGAUACCAACACCCCCGGCCACAGUGGAUGAAGUUAGUGACCAUACUUUCAGGGAACAGUCAGGUCUGAUGGGUUUAGUGAUGUGCCGACAUAUCUCCACUGUGAGGGCUCAGAAGCUUACUGGCUACAAAUGUUUUAAACUGUGA